GCGUAACUUACGCAAGUCGCCUUGGCAACCACCGUGGCGUCGGGCAUGACAUCACUUUUGCCCUAUGAGAGAAAGGGAAAGUUAAGGAUGCUGGAGCAGAACAAUGGAUUUCUCUUUCUCUUUCAUGCAAGGGAUCAUGGGAAACACAAUUCAGCAACCACCUCAACUCAUUGACUCAGCCAACAUCCGUCAGGAGGAUGCCUUUGAUAAUAGCAGUGAUAUUGUUGAAGAUGGUGGCCAGACACCAUAUGAAACCAGCCUGCAGCAAGGCUUUCAGUACCCACCUACCACAGAGGAACUUCCUCCUAUUACAAAUGGCUAUCCACCCUCAAUCAGCAUGUAUGAACCUCAAGCCAAAUACCAGACAUAUAGUCAGUAUCCCAAUGGGUCAGCCAAUGGUUUUGGUGCAGAGAACUUUAGCCCCACUGACUAUUACCAUACUGAAAUUUCAAACACAAGACCACAUGAAGUUCUGGAAAAACCUUCCCCUCAACAGCCACCACCUCCUCCUUCGGUACCACAAACUGUGAUUCCAAAGAAGACUGGCUCACCAGAAAUUAAAUUAAAAAUAACCAAAACUAUCCAGAAUGGCAGGGAAUUGUUUGAGUCCUCCCUCUGUGGAGACCUUUUAAAUGAAGUACAGGCAAGUGAGUACGCAAAAUCAAAACAUGAAGGCAGAAAAGAAAAGAGGAAAAAAAGUAACAAGCAUGACUCUUCUAGAUCAGAAGAGCGCAAGUCGCACAAAAUUCCCAAAUUAGAACCAGAGGAGCAAAAUAGACCAAAUGAGAGGGUUAACAUUCUAUCUGAAAAACCAAGAGAAGAUUCUAUGGUAUUAGAAGAAACACCGGUUCAACAGUACCUACCUUCCCUUCCAGCGGAAGUGAGCACUGGUGUGAAGUUCCAAGUUGGUGACCUCGUCUGGUCUAAAGUGGGAACCUAUCCUUGGUGGCCUUGUAUGGUUUCAAGUGAUCCCCAACUUGAGGUUCAUACCAAAAUUAAUACAAGAGGGGCCCGGGAAUACCAUGUCCAAUUUUUCAGCAACCAACCAGAGCGAGCAUGGGUCCACGAAAAGCGGGUACGAGAGUACAAAGGACACAAACAAUACGAACAGUUACUAGCUGAAGCAACUAAACAAGCCAGCAAUCACUCUGAGAAACAAAAGAUUCGGAAACCCCGACCUCAGAGGGAGAGGGCCCAGUGGGAUAUUGGCAUUGCCCAUGCAGAAAAAGCUUUGAAGAUGACCCGAGAAGAAAGAAUAGAACAAUAUACUUUUAUCUAUGUUGACAAACAGCCUGAGGAAGUUUUAUCCCAAGCGAAAAAGAGUGCUGCCUCCAAAGCAGAAGUGAAAAAGAACCGGAGACCUAAAGCAGUGCUGAACACUCAGCCAGAACAGAGCAAUGCAGGGGAGGCAGCCUCCUCACUGUCAAGUACUGAGAUCCGCAGACACAGCCAGAGACGGCAUACAAGUGUGGAAGAGGAAGAGCCACCCCCUGUUAAAAUAGCAUGGAAGACAGCAGCAGCGAGGAAAUCUUUACCAGCUUCCAUUACGAUGCACAAAGGCAGCCUGGAUCUGCAGAAGUGCAACAUGUCUCCAGUUGUGAAAAUUGAACAAGUAUUUGCUCUUCAGAAUGCUGCGGGAGAUGGGAAAUUCAUUGAUCAGUUUGUUUAUUCAACAAAGGGAGUUGGUAACAAAACGGAAAUAAGUGUCAGGGGACAAGACAAACUUAUCAUUUCUACACCAAACCAGAGAAAUGAAAAAGCAGCUCAGAAUGUAUCAUCUCCUGAAACAACAUCUGGGUCGACAGGUUCCAUAGAAAAGAAGCAGCAGAGAAGAUCAAUUAGAACUCGUUCUGAAUCUGAGAAAUCCACUGAGGUUGUGCCAAAGAAGAAGAUCAAAAAGGAGCAGGUUGAAACAGUUCCGCAAACUGCAGUGAAGACAGGAUUACAGAAAGGUGCCAGCGAGAUUUCAGAUUCCUGUAAACCUCUAAAGAAAAGGAGUCGCGCCUCAACUGAUGUAGAAAUGACUAGUUCAGCGUACAGAGACACGUCUGACUCCGAUUCUAGAGGACUUAAUGAUUUGCAAGUAAGCUUUGGAAAGCAAUUAGAUAGUCCUGCUGCUGCUGAUGCUGAUGCCUCUGAUGUGCAGUCAGUGGACUCAAGUCUGUCAAGAAGAGGAACUGGAACCAAUAAGAAAGACACUGUGUGUCAGAUCUGUGAAGGCUAUGGUGACUCUCUGGUUGUUUGUGACGGGGAAUGCUGUAAACACUUUCAUCUAGAUUGCCUGGGACUGUCAUCUCUCCCUAAUGGAAGGUUCCUCUGCACCGAAUGUAAAACUGGGCACCAUACUUGCUUCUCUUGUAAGGUUCCUGGUAAAGAUGUGAAGCGUUGUUCUGUCACUGCCUGUGGUAAAUUUUACCAUGAGACCUGUGUUCGAAAAUUUGCUACUACUGUCUUUGAGUCUAGAGGAUUCCGCUGUCCUCAGCACUGCUGCUCUACUUGUUCCAUGGAGAAAGAUAUCCACAAAGCAAGCAAAGGUCGCAUGAUGAGAUGUUUAAGAUGCCCAAUUGCCUAUCAUUCAGGAGAUGGCUGCGUAGCUGCAGGAAGCCUGUUUGUGUCCUCCUAUGUUCUCAUCUGUAGUAAUCAUUCCAAGAGGAGCAGUCAUUCUUCCUCCACUGUAAAUGUAGGCUUUUGUUUCGUUUGUGCAAGAGGGCUGAUAGUUCAGGAUCAUUCAGACCCCAUGUUCAGUUCAUAUGCCUAUAAGUCCCACUACCUACUGAAUGAAUCAAAUCGUGCUGAGUUGAAAUUACCUAUGAUUCCUUCUUCGUCAGCUUCCAAAAAGAAAUGUGAGAAAGGUGGAAAACUGUUGUGCUGUGAAUCGUGCCCAGCUUCCUUCCACCCGGAAUGUCUCAGCAUAGAGAUGCCAGAGGGCUGCUGGAACUGUAAUGACUGUAAAGCUGGGAAGAAACUCCAUUACAAGCAGAUUGUUUGGGUCAAGUUGGGAAACUACAGGUGGUGGCCAGCAGAGAUCUGCAAUCCCAGGUCCGUGCCUCUUAAUAUCCAAGGCCUUAAACAUGACUUGGGGGACUUCCCUGUGUUCUUCUUUGGUUCUCAUGACUACUAUUGGGUGCACCAGGGCAGAGUGUUCCCAUAUGUUGAAGGAGACAAAAGCUUUGCUGAGGGGCAAACUAGUAUUAACAAGACCUUCAAAAAAGCACUUGAGGAAGCUGCAAAACGUUUCCAAGAGCUGAAAGCACAAAGAGAAAGUAAAGAAGCCUUGGAGCUGGAAAGAAAUUCAAGAAAACCCCCACCCUACAAGCACAUUAAAGCCAACAAAGUGAUAGGGAAGGUUCAGAUCCAAGUGGCUGACCUGUCUGAGAUCCCUCGCUGUAAUUGCAAACCUGCUGAUGAAAACCCCUGUGGCCUGGAGUCAGAGUGCUUGAACCGCAUGUUGCAAUAUGAGUGUCACCCCCAAGUGUGCCCAGCUGGGGACCGGUGCCAGAACCAGUGCUUCACCAAAAGACUCUAUCCUGAUGCAGAAGUCAUCAAGACAGAGAGACGAGGCUGGGGCCUGAGGGCCAAGAGGAGCAUCAAGAAGGGUGAAUUCGUAAAUGAGUAUGUUGGUGAGUUAAUUGAUGAAGAAGAAUGCAGAUUGCGAAUCAAACGUGCCCAUGAGAACAGCAUAACUAAUUUUUAUAUGUUAACGGUUACCAAGGACCGUAUAAUCGAUGCUGGCCCAAAAGGGAAUUAUUCUCGCUUUAUGAACCAUAGUUGCAAUCCAAAUUGUGAAACUCAAAAGUGGACAGUGAAUGGGGAUGUUCGUGUUGGACUUUUUGCUCUUUGUGAUAUUCCUGCAGGGGUAGAGCUAACGUUCAAUUACAAUCUGGAUUGCCUGGGCAAUGGCAGAACAGAGUGUCACUGUGGAGCAGACAACUGCAGCGGCUUUCUAGGAGUGCGACCAAAGACGGCAUUUGCGUCAGCAAAUGAAGAAAAAGCAAAAAAUGCUAAGUUGAAGCAGAAGAAACGGAAAAUCAAAACAGAACAGAAGCAGAUGCAUGAGGAUUAUUGUUUUCAGUGUGGAGAUGGAGGAGAGCUGGUCAUGUGUGACAAAAAAGACUGUCCAAAAGCAUACCACCUCCUAUGCCUUAACCUGACGCAGCCACCAUAUGGAAAGUGGGAAUGUCCCUGGCAUCAGUGUGACACGUGCAGCAACUCCGCAGUUUCUUUCUGUGAGUUCUGUCCAUGUUCAUUUUGUAAAGAUCAUGAGAAAGAGGCUUUGGUGCCCUCUGCACUGGAAGGCCGUCUCUGCUGCUCUAAACAUAACCCUAAAUCUCCUGUGGCACCAGAGUACUGGAACAAGAUAAGAUGCAAAUUGGAAUCACAAGAUCCUGGAGAUGACGUGAAGGAAUAAAUUUACAGCGUUUUAUUUUUAUUUUUUAUUUUAAUUCUUUUUUUUUAAGAAAGAUAAAGGUAAAAAAUAAAUAGGUGAUGAAAUGGAUAAAGAAGAAACUGUCAUAAUGUACUUGGUUUAUCACCUGAGCUGGCUUUGUAAUUGGAAUGGAGGAAUUAUGUGAUCCUGGCAGCCAAGGUAGACAGUGAUACCUGGAUUUUGAUUGAUUUGUGAUCGGGGGUGGAGGGUGGGGUGAUUAAAUUCUUUGUGUGUUUUCCUUGCCCUUAAAUGUGCUUCUGCAGCUGAAAAACAGAUAUACCUUGGCCUUUAAAAAAGAAAAAUUAGAAAAUACAUUUAUGUUAGUAAGCCGGAAUUUCAAGUUUAAAACGUUUCUGAGUGUAGAAGGUUAAAAGUAGUCACCACUCCUUUAUUUUGCUUUUAAGGAAUCUUGAAAAAUAUGACUUAGAUAGUUUAAUCAGUGUGUUUAAAGAAAA